GAAAGUUAAAAGUUGACAAUUCUGAAACGUGUACAAUCAAAUUGCUCUCAAUAACAUAUGAAAAUUAGGAAUGCUUUAGAGUUUUUCAUAAAAAAGCAAGAAAAUGGUUCGGAAUGUAAUAGCUGAAGAUGCGUUACUGCCUUACAUUCAAAACUUAGGAAAAAUAGAACCAUGUUCAAUUGGUUUGAUUUUAGGUCAAUCAACUCCAUCGAAAGACUAUGUUAUUCAUUUUGCAAGAACGCCUCAACCGGCGAUAAAAAAUGUUAGUGAAGAGAAUUUAAUUUCUUCAACGGAAAGUACAACCGAAUUACGGCGUAAAAUGACUAAUUUUGUAGAAAUACCAGAGUCAUGGGUUGGAGAUCAUGCUAAACAUGUUACAAGAAUGUUACCAGGAGGAAUGUAUGUUUUAGGAAUUUUUAUUUCAACAAAUGAAGAUAUUUUUAAUACGCACAUGGGGAAAAUUCGAAAGAUUAUGUCUCAGAUAAAUAAAAAUUUAGGUUCAAAUAUUUAUUUACAUGGAAAUCCACCAUGUACCAAUGAAAAGCUAGUUUUGGUUUAUAAUCCGUCUCAAGGAAAGUUUUCUUGUAAAAGUAUUGAAUUCGUAAGUGGUUCUCAGAAACCCGCAGAGUUUAAGUUUAUGGCUAAACCAACAAAAUGGCAUCAAUUAGAUUGCAAUUACCAAUUUGAUCACUUAAUUCCUAUAACUAGAGAAAAAGUAGAUUGGAAUUUGAAAGAACAUUUACAAGGUAUUUUGGAAACAGUGGAGAAGAAUUUAAGUCGAGCAGUCAUUAUGAUUGAUUUGGAAAUAAAAAACGAAAACGAUUGCUUAGAGCAAAUAGGGAAGAAAAAAAUUAAAAAUAAAAACUCUCCUCGCAUGGAACAAUCGGAAUCGUUAAAAAAUUUACUCGUAAAUAUAUUCGUGCCAUGCGAAGAUGAUGUUACGAACGACGAUCCAAUUGUCACGACUUGUAGCGGUGAUAUGCACUUUAAUGGUCAAUUAGCAGUACGAGUAUUUUUACAUCAAAAAGCAACUAUAGCAGAAGCUACACAAGCUGUUAAAGAGGAUAUUGUACGUAGUUUAGCAGCCCGAUUUGAAAUGCAUUGGGAUUCAUUAAUAGAAGAGGAAGCUAUGUCACCCGAAGAAAAAUGUAGUGUUCAUGAACCACCUAGACGUGUUCUAGUACCAUUACCAUCUAGUAAAAUUACGCUUAGCGAUUAUUUGUUUCCUGGUGAAGGUCCAUCAGAAGCAUUAAUUUCAUUAGAAGAGCUCUUAGAUUUAACGGUAAAUGAACAUGAUGUUAUAAAGGAUUUAGAAAUACAAGCUGAACCAGGUGAUUAUUGUCCAGUUGAACAGCCAGUUACGAAGAAUAAAAGUGAAGACGAUUUACCGAAUACAUCACAAACUAGUAAAGUUGUAAGUUACAUGUUAAUUGGGGUUUUUGUUGUUGUACUGGCUUUUAUUAUUCAGUUAUUACGUACUAAAUAUUUAUAA